AUGCGCGACGGGAAGGAGAAAGAUGUCGAGGCCGGCUGGGGCUCUGACGCGACUGCCCAAUACUCUCAUGAACAUGCAGAAACCGAACCCCCCCCACCGUCCCUCAGUGACAGAGACAGCAUCGAGCAAGAAGUGUUGACGGAGAAGCUCGAACGUGGGCGCAGCCGACAGGAGCGAAAAGCAGACCCCUAUGAAGAAGUCCGUGUGCCACCUUGGAUUUCGUUACCUUUGCCCCUUGGAGCGACGAGGCGCUCCUUCGCCAGUUCCCGGCGCACCAAGCUCCCUCCACCUCCGCCAGCUCCCGUCCCGGUUUCUGACCUCGACAACGGUGUCGUUGGCUGGGAGAGCCAAGAUGACCCCGAGAUGCCCAUGAACUUUAGCGCAAAGCGCAAGUGGACUAUAGUUGGCUUCGUCGCCGCCAUUACGUUCCUCACCCCUUUCGCCUCGACCAUUCUGGCCCCCGCGAUUGGCUUCCUGGCCGAGGACUUCAGACCUCUCUUCCUCUCCCCCCUAUCGGAGAUUUACGGCCGUCACGUUGUUCUCUCGUCCGCCAAUGCCUUCUUUUGUGUGUGGCUCAUCGGCUGCGCUCUGGCACCCUCGCUGAACGCACUGAUUGUGUUUCGUUUUCUGACGGGUGUCGGCGGAUCCGGCUGCCUGACCAUCGGAGGUGGCAUCAUUGCCGACAUCAUACCGGUCCACCAGCGUGGCCGCGCCAUCACCAUCUGGAUGCUCGGCCCGCUCAUCGGCCCCACCAUCGGGCCACUCAUCGGUGCCUUUGUUGCGCAGGACAUCGGCUGGCGCUGGACGGGGUGGAUCGUCUUGGCUGCCUCAGUUCCCAUGGUCGUUGCCAUAGCCAUCCUUUCACAAGAGACAAACGCCCGUGUGCUCAUUCAAAGGAAGACGGACCGCCUCCGCAUCGAACUCAACCGUCCCGAUCUACGGUCCGUCUAUGUGGACGCAAAUGCGCCACCGCAGUCCAAGUCUAUGGUCCUUGCUCGCGGACUGACCCGGCCCCUCAAGAUGCUCUUCCUUUCGCCGCUCCUCUUCUCCCUGUCCCUGUAUAUUGCCUUCUGCUACGGCGUGCUCUACUUGCUCUUCAACACCAUUCCUCUCGUCUUUCAGGAUCAGUAUGGCUUCUCACUCGGCAUGACUGGCCUCGUCUACAUACCCAUGGGCGUCGGCUACGGUGUUUCUCUCGCCCUCUUCAACUACAUCUCCGACCGCACCGUUAUCCGUCUCACCGCCGCCAACCACGGCGUAUAUGAACCGGAAAUGCGCUUGCCGGACUGUGUUUACUUCGCCUGUCUGUUGCCCCUGACCUUCUUCUGGUACGGCUGGUCCGCGUACGCCCAGGUCCACUGGAUCUCCCCCAUCCUUGCUCUCUUGCCCUUUGGCCUCGGUCUCGUCGGCGUCUGGCAGCCCAUUCAGGCGUACAUCAUCGACGCGUUCCCCGAGUACGCGGCCAGCGCUCUCGCCGCUUUCACAGUCUUCCGGAGCGUCGUCGCUGCGUUUCUGCCACUGGCAGGGCCCAAAAUGUACGACGCCCUCGGCCUGGGGUGGGGAAACAGCUUGUUGGGGUUCGUGGCUAUCGCGCUGAUCCCAGUGCCGGCUCUGAUAUGCAAGUAUGGCGCGAGGUUCAGGGCGCAAAAGUUGAACUUGUAA